AUGAAUUUUGGACAUGAUUUCGCACUGAAAGAUUCCGCAAAAGAGUUCAAGUGCGUUACGCAGACACUCCGGCAAGAAUCUCGUUCAAUCUACAAUCGCCUCCAUUCUAUCGCGCACGACGCAUCAUUCGUCCAAUUCGUCGCAUCAGCAUACAACCUCCCACUCAUCGCCAACGAACGAUGCGGUUUGUGGUAUAUCCAACCCAACGACCUCGUUGGCUCAGUAUACUUCAAAAGCACGGACGGGCACCAUGGACAGUGGUCUUUCUCCCUGCGGCGACUGAAUCUUCACUUACCCGCAUUAUUGGAGGAACACGGUGGAGCAGUCAUCGUUGAUUCUACAAGACGCGGCAAGAGGAUGCCGGAUAGUUUGUCAAAAACGAUACCGAUCUGGUGCGCUGUGAUGAAUAGGGCGUAUGCUAAGCUUCACCCUGAGGCUGGGUGGAGCGGGGAUGACGUUGCGCUGCAUACUCCACCGAGUACGGUCUCGCGUGCUGAGCAUGCUUCUAUAGAGGAAAGGCUCGAUAGAUUCGUCGAUUCCUUGUUAUCUGUUCUGCCAUCACCACCACAAUUGAGCAAGCCGUUGCGUUCGCUGUGGCACACACCAACGUCAACACUCCCACCAUUACCGCCUACCUGGGACGAAUUCACCCCAAUUGUACUAUGUACCGCCAGCGAGUAUGUCGAUGCACCCGAAGGCACUACGAGCAUGGAAAGUGGUUGGACGUACGUCCAAGGCGCGGCGGAUGAUCACGAGUUAUGGAGUCACGGUCUCAAUCCCUCCACCUUCUGGGACAACUCCGAGAAACUACUCGCCGCGGCACCAUCUGACGUCGAAAAAUUCGUCAAAAGGACGACCAGUACCCCUAAUCCUCGAUCUGCACCAUCUUAUGAUCGAGUUGGGAACACCCGGAUAUGGGUCGGGAAUCGGGCGAGUACGGGUGUAAGGAAGUGGGACGCUGUCGUAAAUUGCAGUUUAAAGUAUGCGGAGAUUGAGGAGGGAUGUCCGUAUCUGCAUCUGAAAAUCCCAGAGGGGAAGCCCGGGCGGAAAGAAUUGUCCAGAAGAUUACCGGAGGUCGUGGAGUGGGUACGGUCGAACGGCUUCAUCACCCGGCCAAAAAUGGCGGAUGGAAACGCUGGCGGCGUGUUGGUCGUGUGUGACCAAGGUCGCGAUCGCAGUGUGGGGACUGCUCUUGCCUUGCUGUCGAUAUUCUAUGACGAUGGUGCAAAGUUCCGAGAUUUGGGUGAGCCAAAUGGCAUUCUGAAGGAGUAUAUCAGGAAGCGUCUCGUUUGGAUUACGAGCUCUAGGGAGAAGGCAAACCCUAGCGGAGCAACCCUGGGCGCCGUGAACCAUUACCUCAUGUCAUGA